GACAUUAUACUGACGUUUGUUUCCCAUCAAUUCAUUUUAUUUUGUAAAUACUGAAUGUGAUAAUUCUUACUUAGAUUAUUAGUUAAAUAGUGGUGAAUCUAUGAAGAAAGACAUUAUAAAUAAAUGUAUUCUUAUGUGUCAACGUAACAUACAUAUUUUUAAUUUAUAAAAAUACCAAAAUAUGGCCUUGGUUGCUUACGAUAAUAGUGAUGGAAGUGAUUAUGAAGAUGAUGAAAAUGAGACCCACGUUAUUACUCCUGCUACAUCUUUAAACCAAGCUUUGCAAGGUUUACCACCCAAAAUAUCCAACGUUGUUGAUCAAAAAGAUCCCGACGAUGACCAGAGUCUCUUUAUUGAACUACCAAAACCUACCAAUCAAAAAACAUUAGUUAAGGAAGAGGAUGAUGAAUUUCUUCAUAAAAAGGCAACAAUAAGUGAAGUUGCAAAACCCAAGUCAAGAAUUACCGUACCCUCUUUGAAUGAUUUUAAAGAUGUUGAAGAUACAGUUCCAAGUGUGAGACCAAAACCUACAAAUGGGAAGAAGUCAGGUCUCCUCAGUAUAUUGCCACAGCCUAAAAAUGGUACAAGUAUAUCAACCAAAAUGUUAGUUCCACAGUCAGUUUCUAAUAAACCACAGACAGCAUCAGUUAAGAAAAAAGGUCCACUGCCAUCUCCAAUGAAAAAAGCUAAAGUGGAAACAAAGAAUUUAUUAUUAGCUGACUAUUCUGAUGAUAGUGAUGAAGACAUACAAAAUGACUUUUUCUCUAUUCAUAAGGCGGUGGAAUUGCCCCCUGCUGACACACCCUUGGACAUUGACAUUGUCAGUUCCGAAGUAGAGUCAUCAAGUCAAAAGGAACCAAGAAGUAUUGAAUCUUAUUUCAAAAAGGAAGAACAUGUGGAGUUGGAGCCAGAUUUUGUAGAACCUGAAUAUGAUGUUAACCCUGAUGCUUAUCAAAGUGUAGAUGACAGUAAUGAUACAAAUAAUGAAGCUGUCCUAGAUGAAGAAGCUAUAUUAAAAUUGUGUGGCACAAGAGGAAAGCGCAAACGUGAAGAGAUUCAAAUAGUUGAUGUGAAUCAACAAGAAGUUCUUAAGGAUGCAAGGGAAAUGCUGCUCAGAGGUCUGAUGGAUGAUACAACAAAAAGGCAAUCGCACAGUAAGAAACGUGGCAAUGAACCAACCAGUCAGCAAAAGCGAAAGCACCAGAUAACAUAUUUGGCACAUCAAGCUAAAGCAAAUGAGGCUGAACUUCAGAACCAAUGGGCGAACAACAGGAUGACAAAGAGACAGACACAAUCAAAAUAUGGUUUUUAAGUAGGUAAUAACAUAUUUGUAAAAAUAAAUGUAUAAAGAAAAC